UCCCCAUCCCUUUCCACCGACUGAUUGAAGAGAUGCAGGACAACAGCUCUGUGCGUUUCCCACAAGUGGUGCGUGAGUGCCGGCGUGCACUCAUAUCACUCAUAUGAUACUAUGAUUCCUGCCUGUGCCAGGGGUCAGACUAGAUGGUCUGUUCAGGUCCCUCCUGACCCUAGCUGCUAUGAAACUAUGAAAUAGGAGCACCUCCAACAUUUGUGCACAGUGGCCAAAAGCACUGCCAGAAGCUGCUGCACAGAUGGCACCAGACUCCCAGCUGCGGUUCCUGCUGCUGCUCGUGGGCACUGUGGCCGUGCUGAGAACCAGCGCUGGCUCCCACUCCUACCGGCAUUUCUACAUGGCGGUGUCGGACCCCAGCAUGGCCAUGCCCGAAUUCACUGCCGUGGGCUACGUGGACGACCAGCAAGUUCUCCACUAUGACAGCGAGACGCAGAGACAGGAGCCGCGCAGGGACUGGGUGCAGGGCGCCGUCAACCCAGACUUCUGGGACAGGGAAAGCAGGACCUUACGGCGCUGGCAGGACGGAUUUAAACGGAACCUACUCACCCUGCAGUAUCGCUACAACCAGACCGGGGGGUCUCACACGCUCCAGUUCACGUACGGCUGUGAGCUCCGCGCAGACGGCAGCACUGGAGGCCACAUGCAGCUGGGCUACGACGGGGCAGACUUCAUCAGCUAUGACCUGGCAACGCGCACCUGGGUAGCAGCCCCGGCACAGGCCCAGCGCACCCAGCGCAGGUGGAAUAUGGAUACGGCCAUUGUUCAGACUGCAAGUGCCUACCUGGAGGAGACCUGCAUCGCGU